UCGGGUGCAAAGUUUCAGCCGUCUGCAAAUUAGAGCUCGUCGGCAGACGUGUCUAAAAUAUGCUGGUAGUGACGUCCACGGUUACUAAAGUCUAGAAACUUCCUUUAUUUUUUUUCCCCCUCGUCGUAUGUCUUCAUGUGUAGCUGCCUGGUAUAUUAGCGUCGGUCGUAUCGUCUCCGGGAGGCGGUUGACAGAUGUCCGGGGAGGUCUGACUGAGAGGACACGGUGAACUGACUCUAAACUUCGACACAAAAGGAAGAGAAUAGAUUUUAAAAAUGGCCUGCGAGCCCAACCGAGCCCGUUUGCUGUGUAUGCUGUCGCUGACUUUUAGCUUCUUCGUGGUAGAAGUGGUGGUGAGUCGUAUCACCGCCUCUCUGUCGAUGCUGUCGGACUCCUUUCAUAUGCUGUCGGACGUCAUCGCGCUGGUCGUGGCUCUGGUCGCGGUGCGGUUCGCCGAGAAAACCCACUCGACCAACAAGAACACGUUCGGAUGGAUCCGCGCGGAGGUGAUGGGGGCGCUGGUCAACGCCGUGUUCCUGACGGCGCUGUGCUUCACCAUCGUCCUGGAGGCCAUCGAGCGGUUCACCGAGCCCCACGAGAUCGACAGCCCCUUGGUGGUGGUCGGGGUCGGCGCCGCGGGGCUUCUGGUCAACCUGCUCGGGCUGUGCUUGUUCCACGGCCACGCCGGCGGAGGCCACGGCCACUCCCACGGGGGUCACUCUCACGGGGGUAAGGGCAAGAGGGGGAAAGCCGUGAAGGCUGGGAACGGGUCGGCGGGAGAGGAGACCAACAACCUGGUGGGGAACCACAACAGCCCGGGAGAUGUGAGACAAAGAACCGAUGUCAGCUGUAAAGAUGGUUCAGAGGUCCAGAUGAACGGCAACACCUACUUCGACGAGAUGGACCUUGACCACGACUCGUCGUCGCAGCUCAACAUGCGCGGCGUCUUCCUGCACGUGCUGGGCGACGCCCUGGGCUCUGUCAUCGUGGUGGUCAAUGCCAUCAUUUUUACUUUUGUGUGGAACAGCUGCAAAGACCAGAAGGACUGCGUGGACUUUUGCACCUACAAUCACGCCCCAGACCACUACUACGGCAAUUACACCGUCACCGCCGGGCCAUGCUGGGUUCUCUACAUGGACCCCACGCUGUGCAUCAUCAUGGUGGGCAUCCUGCUGUACACCACCUACCCGCUGCUGAAGGAGUCGGCCCUCAUCCUGUUGCAGACUGUCCCCAAGCAAAUCAACAUGCACAAGCUCAACGAGCGUCUGCUGAGCCUGGAGGGUGUGCUCGCCAUCCACGAGCUGCACAUCUGGCAGCUGGCAGGGAGCCGAAUCAUCGCCACGGCACACAUAAAGUGCCACGACCCCACCUCCUACAUGGACGUGGCUAAACGCAUCAAAGACUUCUUUCAUCACGAGGGCAUCCACGCCACCACCAUCCAGCCCGAGUUCGUCACGUUCAGCUCGGAGUCUCGGGACUCUCUCUGCGAGCUCUCCUGUCGGACUCAGUGCGCCCCCAAGCAGUGCUGCGGCUCGGCGGACAAGAAGGCCAGCAGCGACUGCAAAUCUGCCGCCGCGGCUCUGGAGGUCAUCAGCGAGACCCCGGAUCAGGCUGCAAGUGAUCAGGUUCGCCCUCAGACUGAGGACGAGGUUCCCGUCGCCAGGGAAGUGGAGUCAUCGCUGUGAGAAAAAAAAAAAAACAGAUGGAAAGGGCGCAGAGCGAAAGCAUCACUGUCAUCGGGAGGAAGCUGGAACGUUGUUGACCUGAUUAGACGUUUAUUUUCUGUGAUUUCUGUGACUCUCCUCUUGUCGUCUCUCACUCCGGCAGCAUGGUUGUGAUGCAUGUUGGGAUUCGUGGACCUCAUCUCCUCCAGGGCUGGAGCAAAGCCUGCAUGAGCGUCUCCGAUCUGCACCACAUUGUUGUUUUUCUGUGCCAAAGCUUUUCGCUGCAGGACCGAACAGACGCCGUCGCGCCUGCAGGUUGUGUACGUCAGCCUACGGACCUCUCGACAGUCUUGUUUGACGUAGGCUGCGAGUGAAUCUAUUUUCUUAUCCUUUUGAAACUGCGAGUGGAACAGUAUUGUAUUUCAGAAUAAUUUAAGUAUUUAAGUUAUUAGAAAUGAUUUAUCUGGUUGUAGAUGCUGUUUAUAUAUAAUAU